GACACAACAAUAAUUUGAUGGUAACAGUUCAAAACAGUAUUGUUCGAUCGGUGGCUGGUAUAAAAGUCUGGUCGCAAUUGUUUUAACUUUACUCGCCGAAAAAACACCGGAAGAGCAAUAUUUAACUUGCAGUGCUAAUAACGAGAUAAAACAAACAAUCAGCCAAAAUGUGUGACGAUGAUGCUGGAGCUCUAGUCGUUGACAAUGGAUCGGGUAUGUGCAAGGCUGGCUUUGCCGGUGACGAUGCACCACGUGCCGUGUUCCCAUCAAUCGUUGGACGACCACGUCAUCAAGGUGUGAUGGUCGGUAUGGGUCAAAAAGAUUGCUACGUUGGUGACGAAGCUCAGAGCAAACGAGGUAUUUUAACUUUGAAAUAUCCAAUUGAGCACGGUAUCAUCACCAACUGGGACGAUAUGGAGAAGAUUUGGCAUCACACCUUCUACAAUGAAUUGCGUGUUGCCCCGGAAGAACAUCCAGUUCUGUUGACUGAGGCUCCAUUGAAUCCGAAAGCCAAUCGCGAAAAGAUGACACAGAUCAUGUUCGAAACUUUCAACUCACCGGCCAUGUACGUCGCAAUUCAAGCCGUACUCUCACUGUACGCUUCAGGCCGUACCACCGGUAUUGUAUUGGAUUCUGGUGAUGGUGUUUCCCACACCGUACCAAUCUAUGAAGGUUAUGCUCUGCCACAUGCCAUCCUCCGUUUGGAUUUGGCCGGUCGUGAUUUAACCGACUACCUCAUGAAAAUUCUCACCGAAAGAGGAUACUCUUUCACCACAACUGCUGAACGGGAAAUCGUUCGUGAUAUCAAGGAGAAACUUUGCUAUGUUGCCCUCGAUUUCGAACAGGAAAUGGCUACCGCAUCGGCUUCAACCUCAUUGGAAAAAUCGUAUGAAUUGCCUGAUGGUCAAGUAAUCACCAUCGGCAAUGAACGUUUCCGGUGCCCCGAAUCUCUUUUCCAACCGUCCUUCUUGGGAAUGGAAUCGUGCGGAAUUCACGAGACUGUCUACAAUUCGAUCAUGAAGUGCGACGUCGAUAUCCGAAAGGACUUGUACGCCAACACUGUCUUGUCUGGUGGUACCACCAUGUAUCCAGGUAUUGCUGAUCGUAUGCAGAAGGAAAUCACUGCUCUCGCUCCAUCAACCAUUAAAAUUAAGAUCAUCGCACCGCCAGAACGUAAAUAUUCCGUAUGGAUUGGUGGCUCAAUUUUGGCUUCACUGUCCACCUUCCAAGCCAUGUGGAUCUCGAAACAAGAAUAUGACGAAUCUGGCCCAGGAAUCGUUCACCGCAAAUGCUUCUAAGCCACCACAGACUACGAUCGCAUUUAUGUUAACGCUUUUGUUUCGAAAUGUGAUUGAGAUAUUCACGCUGCCAAUCUUGUUUAAGAUAAGAAUUUGUAAAUGGAAUAUGACAAUAAGCACGAGAAAAGACAUCAUCGAACAUUUGAAAGAUUUUCUUCUAGCAAAAAAUUUGUUUAAAUGUACCACACGGACGUGUUUAAUGAAAAUAUUUUUUUUUGAAUAAAUGACAGCCAAUGUACAUAAAGGUCAUUAAAAAUAAAAAUCAAUUUUGUAUUUAUCUAUCC